GCAGUCAAUGUCACGCCAAGUCAAACGCAAUGAAGUUUUUGCCGGUCUUUGUACUACAACUGAUUCGCUCCUUCUGUUUGGAGCUGAGCCAAUACGAAUAUUCAGAAAUUUUACAUCAUGAGGACCGUAGGAGCAUUGUGAGGGACACCAAGUCGGUUUUUUGGCCCGAGCUUGAAGACCUUGAAAAUACUGAGCGGUGCAAGCGGCAAGAGCAGCCCGUUUUCGAUAGUGGUGACUUCAGGAUUCUGGAUGAAGAACACGUGAAUUUGACGGGUUUGGGCAUUGUGCCCAACAGCUGGCCGGAGAUUAGUAAUGCAAGCAAUGAGAGAAAUGGGGAGCAGGAGGACAGAUCAGUGCUGCGCGUUCAGGUGAACAUUUCGCGUCUGCAACAAUUGAGCGACUCUGAAGGGAGAUGCCUUUUGAAAAAGCAGCAGAGUUUCUGGCACAACCAAAUGAGCAAGGAGGAAAUUAGGAAUUUGCAAAGCAGCAUCAUGCGGAGGUACAUGGACAAGCAAAGUGACCCUUGCAGCGACUUCUACAGCUACGCGUGCGGCAACUGGAAGAACUACUUUAAAAUACCUCCCGAUCGCUCCUCCUACGACACCUUUGAGAUAAUUCGCGAAAACCUGGACUUGGUGCUGAAUGACAUCCUCAAGGAGGCACCCGCAGGGGUUCCAACACUGGAAAGACCCCGCUUGGAGCAUCUAUUCGAAGCGGGGCAGCUGAACAACAACACCUUGGACGCCACUGUGAAGGCGAAACUCUUCUACCAAUCCUGCAUGGACGAGUUGAGCAUUUCCAAAAGGGCCAAUCAGCCGCUGGCUGAUGUUUUGCAGUACUUGGGAGGAUGGCCGAUUGUUUCCCAAGUGUGGGCCGGGAAUAGGGAGGACUUGUUUGUGCUCCUGGCAAGGUUGAGGCUGCUGAACAAUGACGUGCUAAUCUCCCAGUGGGUGGGGCCUGAUAUGAAGAACGCCAACCAAUACGUGGUACAUGUGGAUCAGACAAGUCUGGGGUUACCCAGCAGGGACUAUUUUCUGGACCCGAAGAAUAUCAAAUACGUUCGGGCCUACAAGAUACUGAUCAUGGCCAGCGCUCUGUUGCUGGGGGCGUGUCCUCAAACAGUGGAGCAGCAGGUGGACGACCUUGUGGAGCUUGAAACCUCAUUGGCCGAAAUAAUGGCCUCAGGCGAGGAGAGACGCAACAUUUCCGACGUUUAUCUCAAGACCGAUCUGGCCUCGAUGUCGCUCUACUUUCCCCAGUACGACUGGAAGACCUACUUCGAUCUAGUUCUAGGACCUGAAGUCAGCCUGCGCACCCCAGUGGCUGUCUAUAGCGUCAAGUACCUUCUGGAACUGGUUCACGUGCUGAGCAACUCAGAGUACCGAACCAUCCAGAACUACUUGAUCUGGCGCUUUGUGCACCAUCGCCUUAUCAACCUAGAUUCCCGUUUCCUGGAUGUGAAGCAGCGCUUCAACUUCGUGCUAUUUGGAAGGGAGAAACAGCCGCCGCGUUGGCAGUUCUGCGUCUCGCAGGUGAACACCCAUAUGGGCAUGGCAAUUGGGGCGCUUUUCGUGCGUCGCUACUUUGAUGAGACCAGCAAAAAGGACACGAUCCAGAUGACGCAAGCGCUGGUGGGCGCCUUCAAGAACAUCCUAGAGGAAAGCACCUGGCUGGAUGAUCACACCAAGAGCUAUGCUCGCAUGAAAAUCGACAGUAUGGACCUGAAGAUUGGGUUUCCAGACUUUGUCCUGAACACUACUGAGCUAAGCAUGCGCUACUACGAUGUUGAUAUACAUCCAGAGUACUUUUUCGAGAACGUGCUGAGCAUUCUGCGCCACAUGAGCAGAUCUGAGCAGAAGCGGCUGAGGUCUGAGGUGAACCGGACCUUGUGGAGCACGUCGCCUGCAGUGGUCAACGCCUACUACAGCCGGAACAAGAACCAGAUCAUGUUCCCGGCAGGCAUCCUGCAGCCCCCUUUCUAUCACAAGCACUUCCCCAAGGCGAUGAACUUUGGAGGCAUUGGAGUGGCGAUCGGGCAUGAAAUCACCCAUGGCUUUGACGACAAAGGACGCCUCUUCGACCAACAGGGAAAUCUGAUGAUGUGGUGGAGGGACGCCUCGAUCAGGAAUUUUUACGAAAAGGCCCAGUGCAUAAUAGACCAAUAUAGCCAGUACGUGCUGCCGCAGAUAAAAAUGCCAAUCGAUGGGUACUUAACGCAAGGGGAAAACAUCGCUGACAAUGGUGGCAUUAAGCAGUCCUUUAGAGCCUACCAAGAGUGGCUUUCCAGACAUCCUGGGGCCGAUGAGAGCCUCCCAGGUUUGAACCUAACGGGAAAACAACUGUUCUUCCUCAACUUUGCUCAAGUGUGGUGCGGCCAGCAGCGCAUUGAGGAGGCGAAAUACCGCUUGAAAACGUCCGUUCACUCGCCCGGGAUUUUUCGGAUCAUUGGAGUGCUCAGCAACUCGGAGGACUUUGCCAGGGAGUUUCACUGCCCGAAAAAUAGCCCCAUGAACCCGGAGAAAAAAUGCACCAUUUGGUAAAUGGAGUUGAGAGGAGUUUGAGAGUUUCAUUACAAAAUGAUCAAAAAAUGUACAAAACUUCAGAAAUUUGAAUCGUAAAUUUCUUGGUAACCAUUGGAAAAAAUAAGUUGAUGGUUGUAACUUGUUUUUGAACCACCAAAAGUUGCAAUUACAAACAAAAAUAAACGGUUCCGAGCUUUUUCCAAGACA